UUUAACAAUUCUAAACUCGUCCUUGGUUCACCAAUUCCUGAGAAUUACGGAAAGCUUGCGUCAGAUUUGAAUAAAUCGGCUCAAAUCCUCUUACAUUCCAAAACUCUUGCAUUUCGUCAACUUCAUUCACAAUUUGCAGAUGAAUUAGAAAAUAGAAAGAUUUCAAUUAAAAGCGCAGCGCGUCACGUAUUUCAGAAUGGUAACCCAACUGAAGCACAAUUGUUGUCAACACACAUGUUCCUUUUCAAGGAAAAUAUUUAUUUCAUGGCAGAUCCUAUGCAAAUUGAAACCUACAUACUGAGAUCAAAAAGAUCGGUUAAUGCAAUAAUAAAAACAUUAGAAUGGAUUCGUCUUCGUGAUCAGAGAGUAUCCGAUUUUCAAGAAAAAGUAACGAAGAUUAUUCAAUACAUACGUUCAAUCGAUAAAAAAAUUUCAGAACCGCCUUCAUUUACCAAAGGGGAGACAUUACCAGAAUUUACAUCCGAUGAUCAAAUGUUUAUUAACCUAGUUAAAACUUUUGUCUUUACUCCUAAGAAUAGCCAAAGUGGAUUAGAAGCACAUUUAUCAGCAAUUCUGAAGCCAUUGAAGUUAUAUGAAAGAGAUUUUGACAGAGAAUGUGCAAUUCAAUUCUUGAAAGAAAUUGGUAUUUGGGCACCCUGGGAAAAUCUAGCCGUUUAUGAAGAAACAACAAAAUUGAGCGGUCAUGGAAUAUCUAAGGAAGCUGAUAAAGAUCAAGAAGAGAUCAUAAAUUUGGCUACAAAUUUAUUGGAUUCCCAACCAUUUGAUACAUCGAAAAAUGUUACAUCGACACCGGCAUCAUCAAUACUAAUUAAAACGGAAGAGUUUCUUGGAGAAAAUGACUUUUAUCCUCAUGAUAUUUGUGAAGACAUCCGACAUGAUUUUGGUGAUUUGCCUGUUUACACUAUAGAUGAUCCAACGGCUCAUGAGCUUGAUGAUGGAAUUUCAAUAGAACGAGUAAAUAAUUCAUCUGGAACAGAAUCCGUAUGGGUGCAUAUUCAUGUUGCUGAUCCAUCUACUUAUAUUCAUCCUGGUCAUAAAUUGGCAAAGGUUGCUCACUCAAGAGUUCAAACUGUAUAUUUUCCUGAACGAAAUUAUUCAAUGUUACCAUCAUAUUUAAGCAAGAAAAUGUUUAGUUUGGGAGUAGAUGGGAAAACGAGAGGAAAUUAUGUAAUCACUUUCAGCUUACGAAUUGGGGAUGAUGCAAGUUUGCUAGAAUACAAAAUUAGGCCUAGCAUUAUUAGAAAUAUUAAAAUAUUAUAUUACGAUGAUGUUGAUAAAUUUUUAUCAUGGGAUUCUUUCUCUAAAUUCAAAAAGGAAAUUGAUUUCGUCUACAAACAGAUCCAUUAUCAUCCGCACAAAAUUUCUCUUCCAAACAAUGAAUACAAACCGCUUCCAUUAUCUGGUCAACAGGAUCUUAAGGAUUUGCAAAAAAUUGCAAACAUUCAUUUGAAAAAUCGUGGACAAAAAGGAUCUUUCAAUCUAUCUCUGACCCAAGGAAAUGCAGCAUUAUCACCUUUUCCAUUGUACAAGACUCAACCUGAUACUCAAUAUCCAAUAAUAUUUACUGGUUUACCUACAAUUCAGGUUAAUCUUGAUAAAUUUAAUUAUUCUCCAGCUCGUAUGAUGGUAGCAGAAUUUAUGAUAAUGGCUGGACGAGUUGCUUCAAUCUUUUGUUCAGAAAGAAAAAUCCCAAUUAUAUUUCGAACUCAACCUAAAAAUGAUGAAGUAUUAUCAAUAUUAUCAAAUAUUGAUGAAGAUAUUAAAGUUGUUCCAAUUACUACUAUGCUUAAAAUUCGAUCAUUGGUACAACCUACGAAAACCACUGUUGAACCUGGUCCGCAUUUUUCUAUGGGCAUUACGGAAGGUUAUUCAAAAGUCACUUCUCCUUUACGUCGGUAUAGUGAUUUAGUUGUUCACUGGCAAAUAAAAGCAUCACUUCUUAAUGGUCGUUUACCUUUUUCCAAAGAUGAGUUAGUAAAUAAUAUACCUUAUAUCACUUACUUCGAAAAAGAAAUUCGUAGAUCACAAACGAAAAGUAAUAAGUUUUGGAUUCUUAAUUUAAUUGAUCGAUUAAAGGCUAACGGAAAUUUACCAGAAAUUACGGGAACUAUCAUUGAAGAAUUUGACAAAGGAGAUAGAACAGCUUUGAUACGCGAAUUUGGUAUUCAAGGAAAAGUUAUAAAGUCAACAGGUCAAAUUGGUGAUAUAAUAAAUUUAAAACAUAUAAUGGCAAAUUUUCAACGAUUGUCAUGAUUUAAACCUGAUUUGUCUCUCGAAAAACAUGCAAUCAUCCGGGAGAUCUUGUGUUCUUUAGACAAUUACUACGUUACCGUAAUUAGAUAAACAUCUACCAAUCAUAAUCUAUCAUGAUUUUAUAGUUAAAAAAACUUUUUUUGAAAUAAUUUAAGAAUUUCGUGUCAACCUUUUUUCAUAGUUCUAAUCGAAAUGUCGAUUUCUAAGAAUUCAAAAAUGUUAAACCUGAUAAAUUACCGACUCCGCAUAACUCUUGCGGAUUCGCGCGUAUUAACGGGUCAAAUGCUUGCCUUUGACAAACAUAUGAAUC